CGCCCCUGACAACACGUGGCUGGAGGGAGCGUGACUUCCUCCUGUCUGGGGCGCCAGCAGGGCCAGGCCCGGCGAAGCCCCCCUCCUUUCCUGAUGUGACUCCCUGCCCUGGCUGGGCGCUCCAGGCCAUGGCUGACACCAUCUUCGGCAGCGGCAACGACCAGUGGGUUUGCCCCAACGACCGGCAGCUUGCCCUGCGAGCCAAGCUGCAGACGGGCUGGUCUGUGCACACCUAUCAGACAGAGAAGCAGAGGAAGAGCCAGUGCCUCAGCCCCGCUGAGGUGGAGGCCAUCCUGCAGGUGAUCCAGCGAGCAGAGCGGCUGGACAUCCUGGAGCAGCAGAGAAUUGGGCGGCUGGUGGAGCGGCUGGAGACCAUGAGGCGGAACGUGAUGGGGAACGGCCUCUCCCAGUGUCUGCUCUGUGGGGAGGUGCUGGGCUUCCUGGGCAGCUCCUCGGUGUUCUGCAAAGACUGCAGGAAGAAAGUGUGCACCAAGUGUGGGAUCGAGGCCUCCCCCGGCCAGAAGCGGCCUCUGUGGCUGUGUAAGAUCUGCAGUGAGCAGAGAGAGGUCUGGAAGAGGUCAGGGGCCUGGUUCUACAGAGGGCUCCCCAAGUACAUCCUGCCACUGAAGACCCCCGGCCGGGCCGAUGACCCCCACUUCCGACCUUUGCCCAUGGAGCCCACCGAGCAAAAGCCCAGAAGCACCGAGACAAGUCGCAUCUACACGUGGGCCCGAGGGAGAGUGGUUUCCAGCGACAGCGACAGUGACUCAGAUCUCAGCUCCUCCAGCCUGGAGGACAGACUCCUUCCGACCGGUGUGCAGGACCCCAAAGGUGACAAGCCCCGAGGGGAAUCAGGUGGCAGCUCGGAGUCCCCCAGGAUGAGGCCCGCCCCCCUGUCCAGCCACCUGUCAGAGAGCCAGAGCAGCCUGGCCAGCGAGACCGGGACCAGUUCUGCAGACCCGCAGCCGGGCACCCCGCCCUGGCCAGACCCCAAGAGCCCCGGCAAAAGGCACACCUGGGCGAGUCCCCACUGCUGACAUGGCCUCCAAAGGCUCCUCUGUCUGCCCUGGCUAAGGCAUGAUUGGCGCAUGGAGCAGAUUUUCCAGUGGAAGAGUCUGAGAGCGAGAGGAGGCUGGAAGGGUCCCCAGACCCCUCCCGGCUCCUUCCUGACCAGUCUUGGAGCCCUCAGCUGGCCAGCCCUGUUGGACAUGACCUCUGACUCGACAAACCAGAGUUUGUGGGGCUGGAUCUGCUUCCCCCCUCACUCAGUGCCUUUCCGCACCCUUCUGUCCUGGGAGCCCUCCUCACCGCCCCCCCCACCUCCGUCCCCCAGCCAUUCCGCUCACCUGUGACCUUUAUUUAUUGUCCUUUGCCUGUGCCCUCCCCCGGCCUACCUCCAUGUUCAUUUCAAGUUUGCUCUUGUCUUGGGCUGGGCUGCAGGGGCCUUCAGGCCCACCUGACGGGGCCUUCCCACAUGCACUGCAGUUUGGGAGGGCGCGAGGCUGGGCUUUUUCCAUAUUUAUAUUAAUGGAAGAAGAACCCAACCCUGAACAUUGCCCUUCAGAGCUGAGCUUGGCCCCUAGAGAUGAACGGUGGGUCCGGAGAGUGUGGGACGAGAGAGAUGCCUAUCCUCCCUCUGCCUUUGACUCUGGAAAUUGGGAGCAAACGUCCUCCCUUCGUUCGAGGCUGCCCGGGAGCUGUGGGUUGAAACCUGCCUCUUGCUUCGGUUUCCUGGAACCCCCCGGCUGGCCUCCCCAGGUCUUGCUCAGCCUCUCCCCGGCUGGUGGAGCUGGGAAGGGUUCUGGCGGAAUCUGAAUUCACUCAUGGAAGAGCAGCCUUCAGCCGAGUCCCCAGCUGGGGUGCAAGGCUCCCCUAAGCCUUUAAUUCACUUCUCUUCAGUAGGUUCAGUUUGCCAUGAAAAAUCAGUAAUACAGAGUGUGAGCCGCUGCUUCUGGAAAACCCUUCCCUGAAGACAGAGAUUGAGUGAAAGUGUGUGUGUGUGUGUGUGUGUGUGUGUGUGUGUGUGUGUGUGUGUCUUGGUGUCUGCAUCUCUCGUGCUUCCUGCCACUUUCCCACUGGCCCCCACACCUGGUUCUAGAAGCACCUUCCCUCUGGGCGCUCAGGCCCCCACCAGUAGCUUUUUGGCCCUUGCCACUGGCAGACGUGAAAAGACUGUUUCCCUGUGACAAGUUAUACUUCCGAAUUCAAUAAAGAUUAGAAUUUGCAUGGA